AUGAUACCGCCUGUGGACCGUUCAACUCUAGUCGAGCUUUUCCCCCCCAACCAUUUAGAUAAACUAGAUUACUGCAUUGUUGAAGUCACAUCAUCCCUCAAUAUAACAAAAAAUUACCUACUAUAUGCUACUGUCGCACGCGCCAUUGUUACUCUAGACGAUCACCCCAAAUGUGUACCAUCAAUUAUCAUCGACUGUGAAGGUGACUUCUGCGCUUCAAGCCUCGCCAUAGAGCUCGAUGACUUCAUCCGAAGCAGAAGACCCUUGCUUAAGUCUGAAGCGGUUCGUGAAAUCAUUGAAGAGGCAAGUUUAGCCGGCCUGAUGUUGAUCUAA